UUCCAAGGUUUCACGUGGUCUGUUACGUCAGCAACUGGAGCGCCACCUCUUCUAUCAAAUACGCCGAUCACAGAAUCUGUCGUCAGUGGGUCGGGCAGCACCGCCAGCAUGCGGCCACCUAAUCUUCCGCUGCUAUUCCUUAUCCAGGUCGUAACGUUUCCUACAAGAGUCACUGCCUCUACAUCAAAUACCCUCGACCUCGUAUUAUCAUCUGCGCCUGACACCAUUGAAUCUAUCUCAACAGUGGGCGAGCUUAGUGAUCACAAAGUCCUGCAUUUCUUCUGCCGCAUAAACGCUUCUCGCCAGCGUAUUGCAAGAAAGCGCUCUACACUCAGUCGAAGAAAACUGGACGCUAUUUAAAGGUUUCAAGAUAUCCAUGCCUCACACUGGUCAAGCAGGCAUCAAUCAGCUUGGCGGAGUGUUCGUCAACGGACGGCCACUGCCGGAUUACGUGCGACGACGCAUCGUCGAGUUGGCCUUGAUGGGUGUACGGCCUUGUGAUAUAUCGCGUCAGUUACUCGUCUCGCAUGGAUGUGUUUCUAAGAUCCUUACGAGAUUCUACGAGACCGGCUCAAUCAAGCCAGGCUCCAUUGGAGGUUCCAAGCCUAAGGUUUCAAAUCCGCAGAUGAUGCGCCGCGUUUUACGCUACAAAACUGACGGUUGGGAUGUACGUCAACUUUUGCACCAGCAACAGCAUGCUAGUAUGGUGGAGCGAUGUCCAACUGAACCGAUCACAAGUAACGGAACCUUCGCAGAGGAUCCAGCGAGCCUUCCAAUCAACCCUUAUUACCCAUACCUACACCAUAUGACUUCGUUCAGCGCUCAUCCAAGCACUUCGUCAACAACAGCGGUCCGUAAUGAAGACGAUGAUUAUGCAGCUGCGCCGAGACCCACCGAGAGUAAAAGACUGUCCUCGUACUCCAUAGACGAGAUCCUCAGAAAGCCAUCUGAUGGCAGAAAUCGAAGCGUAUCAUCUGCGCCGUCAGGCGAUGCCAAAUCCUCUGAAGUUGACGCAGAAGUCACGUCAUCCGUCGAUAAUGAAAACAGCGGCUCCUCUGAGCGCGGGACUACAGAGCAGACCUCCACCGCUGCCCCAUUUCAACCCCAGGCGGCAGCACUUACCCUCUGGGCCGGCUCUGGAUUUGCUUCUUUCCCUCUUACAAGAUUCACCCCCAUUGUGACGUCGUUUCCGUGUUCAUAUUUUCCAACGAUAUAUCCUGCCCAGCAGAUGACGUCCCCCAUUGACGCGGAUUCAGCCACCCCAUCAUCUCCAGACCCGGCAGGAAAACCAAGCUCACUGUUGUCUCCGUUGAAGACUAUUUAGUGUCGUACAAGGGUAUAUUGAAGAUAAUUGUAAGAAGCGUUUGUGUGAAAAAUGUAAGGUAUAAAUGUGUCAGUGGCUUACUCAUAUGUCGGUGUACACGACCAAUCCAACGUACCAGUAGAAUUAACUUAAUUAGAUACCAGUAUGACAGUUUCCCGUAAACAACCACUAAUUACAAAAGUAAUGAUGCGAUCGAUGCAAAAGUGGUAUUUAAAAUCCUUCCUUGACUACCAUGCUGUGGAAGUAUAGAGAUACCAGUGCAGAAAGAAUCAUGAGAAGGAGCGCGAUCGGGAAGCACCAUCAGUAUAAGGUCCACCAACGUUAUACCAGUGGAGUGGAGCAACUUACGAAGACAUUGCCCUGUAUAUGCAGUUAGCAGUCGUUGGAGAUUCGAAAUGCCAUCCCUCCCAGGCUAUCCCCAUAAUAAAGCAAUGUCUUGUAGAGUGUCGGAUUCCUAUGUGAUACGCCGACGUUUCCAAUACAAGUACAAGUCAGUACAGCUUCCUACCACAGCCUGAAUGGCCCACAUCCACUGAUAUGAACAAUUGCGAUAUGUCACGAUAGUAUUUUGUCUCAUCAAAGUGAAUUACCAAAGCAAGAAUACCGCAAUGCCGUUCAUUAUGAGAACACGAGCAUGACCUUUGUCGUAGU